CAGACUAGCCUGUCUCAGCCAUUUUGUUUAUGCGCCUCUUCGCCAUGGCGGAGAUGGACGACGGCGACGAGCCGGGUUUAGUCCACACACACAGCGGUUCGUCAGGGUCUAAAUCAGGGGGAGACAAGAUGUUCUCCCUGAAGAAGUGGAAUGCAGUGGCCAUGUGGAGCUGGGAUGUGGAGUGUGACACCUGCGCUAUUUGUCGGGUUCAAGUAAUGGAUGCAUGUUUGAGAUGCCAGGCUGAAAACAAGCAAGAGGACUGCGUUGUGGUUUGGGGAGAGUGCAACCACUCCUUCCAUAACUGCUGCAUGUCCCUCUGGGUGAAGCAGAACAAUCGAUGCCCGCUGUGCCAACAGGACUGGGUGGUGCAGAGGAUCGGCAAGUGAGGAUUUAAGCCUCAGAUCCACCCCUCCUCCGUCCACUUUGGCACUACUCCGCUUAGGGAGGCAGAAAUGAAUAUAAGAACAUCUUUCCAGCCACUGAAUGUAUAGCAACACCUGUGUGCAUGUAUGUGACUGUCAGAGUGAAAUCAUGUAUGGACACAGAAAUCCAGGUGAAACUGGUUGGCUUUACCCCUCUGUCACCUAAUAUAGCAUUAACAAGAAGCAACCCAAAGAGCUCCAGGGAACGGCGGGUGUUUGUGGCAUCAACUGAAGCUGUACUAUGAAUGUGUGUUUUAUGUGUGUUAGAAAUAAAUAUGAAAAACUCAA